AUGAAAGUCGAAAAACCAAAAGAGAAAUAUGAUCAAUUAAUCGCUGACGGUUAUUGCGUCGUUGAGAGGGUCUUGAGGGAAGAUAUGCUUGAACGGCUUCGGACAGUGACCAGUGAGUUACUUGAUGCCCAGACGGAAGAUGCGCGCGCCGCUUACCGUUCAUCUGGCAGCAUGAUCAGCGUCUAUACACAUUCACUCUUCGCGGAACUGGUCGUUUAUCCACGGACACUUCAGGCUAUGGAGGCUUUAGGUUUCUUGAGACCGAAAUGGUCAUCGGGGUAUGUCAUCAGUAAACCGCCCCAGAGUCCACCCCUAUUUUGGCAUCAAGAUUGGUGGGGUUGGAACGAUCCGUGCAGCUACACGGCACUGCCGCAACAGUUGUUUCUGAUGUACUAUUUGGUUGACACAGUGCCUUACAACGGAUGCCUACGUGUGAUUAAAGGCUCGCAUCUGAAUCGACAUCCACUGCAUGACAUACUGCCCAGUGCCCACGGAGAAGCACUGCAACGCGUGGAUGAUACCGACCAUCCUGCAUAUCAGCAUUUCCCUGAUGAGGUCGACAUACCGGUGAAAGCAGGAGACCUCGUUAUCGGCGAUUCUCGUUUGUUACACGCUUCACACGGUAUCAGCUCUGCUAAAAUUGACUUUGGAGAUUGCGUCGGCAUGUGGCUCUUUGAUGAGGGGAAUGGUAACAAAGCCGAAGACUCCUCUGGAACAGGCAAUGACGGCACGAUUGAAGGUAUCUAUCUCGCCACUGGACAACAUGGUCAGUGGGGUGCGUUUUUCGGUGGAAUAAUUGACGAUGUUACCAUCUUCAAUGUGGCGUUGAGCGAUGGUGAUAUUGAAACCAUCAUGAAUGACGGAUUAAAAACAGCAGCUGAUAUUGAACCUUCAGAAGGGCAUGAGCCGAACCGGUUUUCUGCUGAAUACGACAGUUAUCUCGAAAGUCUGAUAGCACAUCCACAGAUGCUUGAACUUGCACGAAAGGUGUUGGGUGAUAAUAUCCGAUACGAUCAUUGUGUGAGUCUGAACAGACCCGGCGGUAACGGCGGCAUUGGGUGGCAUAGCCACGGAUACUCCGAUGACGAUCCGAGUUUGGGUUUUGUCCGUAUCUUCUUCUAUGUUAACGGCUUUGAACCGGACGAUGGCGGUUUAAAAGCAGUCCCUGGAAGUAACCUCUAUCGGGAUGCAAAAAUCCAUGGACGAACAGAUGAUGCACUGCGAGAAGAGUGGUUGGCGGGAAAAACGCACCCGGAGACAGGUCAACCAUUAGAGAUUGAGGCGUUAUCUGCACCUCCAGGCACAGUCGCACUGAUGUGGACGCAUGCAGCACAUGCAGUCAGUGCAAGGAAACCCGAUAGCGAUACCCGUUGGACAGUGGUUUACGCCUAUCGGAAUCCCGGUAAACCGUCCGGUGCCCGUUGGAUUACGCCCGAAUUUGAAGGAAAACCGAUCCCCGGUGCUGAAGGCUUGAUGUCCCUUUAUUAG